ACAACUCCGCCUCGCUUCUUUAAUAAGUUUUCAAUCACUCAUACUUCAUAAAGCUGUGGGAUGGCUCCACUUCAUUUCUUCCUCGUCUUGUUUGCUCACUCAAUUCGUGAAGCCAAUGGGAACCAUGAAAACUGUCCAAGCUCCUUUACUUGUGGAGGACUUGGGACUUUCCAGUAUCCAUUCACCAAGGCAGAGCAUCCUGAGUGUGGGUUGUUACCCAUUCAAGGCUGCCUCCUCAAUGCUACUUCACCAAAAUUGAUCCAACUUGGCAACAGUAGCAAAAGCGUGAGACUUACUGCUGUAGUGGAGACCAAUAAGAUCAUUACAAUCUAUGAUGAUGGUUUCCACACAAGUUUGGAUCACAAUGAAUGUGACGCUUUGCACAAUAAUUACACCCUUCCUCCACCUUCUCCACUUUUGUCUAUGUAUAUUAAGUAGUAAGUACAAUGUAACUCUCUUCAAAUGCAAUCACAACCUUAGUACCAAGCCCCCUUCCAAUUAUGUUAAUCUAGGAUGCCGCGCCUCCUACGGCUAUGAAAUCUAUUAUGAUAGAAACAAUACCCACCCUGAUCAAGAGGCCGCCGGAGUUUUUUCCGGCUGCUCGGUUGUCCAGUUUGCUUCAAAAGACUCCACCAAUACCAAAGACGUUUUGUCCUUCGUUUCAGCUGAGAUGGUUCUUGAAAUAGUAUUAUCUCAUGACUGUGAUGACUGCUUCAAUCACAGAGGAGGCCUUUGUGGAGUCGACAAGAAUAACCACUUCUACUGCCACAAAGGUAGUAGUAGUAGUACAAACAGGCUUGUCAAAAAAAUGGGACUCGCACUAGCACUGGCGGUGACAGCUACUCUAGUGCUAGUAAUAAUAACGCUCUACUACAAAAGAUGGAAGAAGCAAAAUCAAACCCUUCCACUGGUUGAUGCUUUUUUUGAGAGACAUGACCACCUUCAAAUCAAGAGGUAUAGUUAUUCUGAGAUGAAGAAAGUGACCAAUUCCUUCAAAAACAAACUAGGCCAAGGGGGGUUUGGCAGUGUAUACAAAGGACAAUUACAGGACGGACGCCAUGUUGCAGUGAAGAUCCUAAGUGAAUUUAAAGGUGAUGGUCAGGAGUUCAUUAAUGAAGUUGCAAGUAUGAGCAGAACUUCUCAUGUUAACAUCGUUGCUCUUCUUGGCUUCUGCUUUGAAGGAUCUAAGCGAGCUUUAGUUUACGAAUUGAUGCCUAAUGGGUCUCUAGAGAAGUUAAUUUAUAAUGAAAAUUCUGUGAUAGGGGAUCGUCAAUUAGAUUGUCAAACUUUAUAUGAUAUUGCAAUUGGUGUUGCCCGAGGACUUGAGUAUUUGCACAAGGGCUGCAAUACAAAAAUCCUGCAUUUUGACAUAAAGCCUCAUAACAUUCUAUUAGAUAAAAAAUUUUGUCCCAAAAUUUCCGACUUCGGACUUGCAAAAGUUUGCACAAGAAAAGAAAGUAUAGUAUCAAUAUUUGGUGCUAGAGGAACUGCAGGCUAUAUUGCCCCGGAGGUAUUUUCUAGAAACUUUGGUGCAGUAUCACAUAAGUCAGAUGUUUACAGUUAUGGAAUGAUGGUCUUAGAAAUGGUUGGAAGAAGAAAGAACAUCAAGGCUGAAGUUGAUGUAUCUAGUGAGAUAUAUUUCCCUCAUUGGAUAUACAAUCGCCUUGUGUCAAAUCAGGAGCUUGAUCUGCAAAACAUAAGAAAUGAAUGUGAUAAUGAGAUGGUCAGAAAGAUGACAAUAGUGAGUUUAUGGUGCAUCCAAACCAAUCCUUCAACUCGACCAUCAAUCAGUAAGGUGGUGGAAAUGUUGGAAGGAAGUGCUGAGUUGUUGCAAUUGCCUCCUAAACCAUAUUGGUUUUCUCCUUCAAACUCUCCCUGAACUUUGAACCAUUGUAGUUUAUAUGUUGCAGUUUGUAAUAUAUUGUCCUUUUAUCUGUAAUUUCUUUGUCUUCUUAUACUCUGCAGUGAUUGUUUUUAAUACAAAGACAUUUAU